AGAAAAAAUGAAGGAUAGACCUGUACCUCCUCCUGGGGCAUAUUACAAUGAGUUUAAUGAUUCCUCCAUAAAGAUAGAAAAGAUACCUUGGAAAUUCUAGUGCUUCUCUUCAACUGCCAAGAGAUUUAGUUAAUAACAGUAAGAUGCAGGUCCUAGUGUAGGUGCUUAUGAUAUUAAGACAAAAUCAAAAGCCAUUGGAGUUAUUACACUUGAUAAAUAUAGCAAAAGAGAAGAUAAAUUCCUGAAUAUUCCUGGAGUUGGUAGUUAUGAGGUUGAUUAAUCGUUCACAUAAUCAAAACCGAAACAAAAAUAAUAACAAGAAUUUCCAUCUCCAUUCGGAUCAAGUGGCAAGAGAUUUUGA